CCAACCCGCUCCCCUUUCCAGCUGCCACACCCCCUUUCUCACGAGCGCUCAAUGGUACGUCCCGGUGAUGCCGACCGUGUCAGACAGUGAAAAAUCCGUGAAGACUUGAAUUUGAAUCCUAAGCGUUCAGAAUACGACGCUCCAUCCGCGUGCGAGUGUGCUUGUGUAUAUGAGCUGCCGCAUCCCGUUUCACUCAGCAUCCGCUCUCGCGCGUUUCCCAGUAACCGAGCACCGCGCUCCCACCGCCUUAUCGGAGCCGCCGUGUCUCCGAACGAGGCUCUCUGCGUUCUGAAGGAUAAACGCCAGGACUUGGUGCCGGACCCUUUUCCCCACCUAUUUACCAGAGACUAAAUGAUUUAUCCGGGGAUUUUACACUGAAUCAUGCUCAGCGUUGACCAAGUUUGAGUGAGUUUCUGGAAUUAGUGAGCGUGUGUGUGUGUGUGAUACUGUGAGAGAAAGCAGAGAUGGACGAGAAGCUGUACCAGUCUCUGGCGCGGCCUCACCCCGGCCUGGAGCUCAGUUAUUCCAGCUCAUCUGAAGAAGAGGAUGGAAACCUUCAUCACAAACACUACAGAGAGACACACAUCCGCGCUGAUUAUGAGCCUGACCGCAGAUUCACCUAUAACAGCCACAAAGUCCGCAGAAAACCCUUGGAGCAGUCUCAGAAAGAUUUCUCGGACCCCUCCCAGACGGUGUUCCCUGAUUUCCAGACGGAGCUUCAUGCAGCCAAUCAGGAGCUUGCAUAUCCUGGAGGCGUGUCUGCAGGCGUGCCCUCCGAUCCUGAAUCUGAGGGUGGAGCCUCCCCUGACCACGCCCUGCGGUUGUGGAUGCAGGAAGUGAAGUCCGAGCACAGCUCCUGCCUGUCAAGCCGAGCAAACUCUGUUCUUUCCCUCACCGAUACAGAACAAGAGCGCAAGUCGGAGCCAGAGAACGAUCUCCCUUCCAGCCCUGUGGCUCAGUUCACGUUUCGACCUCUGCCCCCUCCUCCUCCUCCGCCUCAUGCGUGUACCUGUGCCCGUCCUGCACCGGCUCCCCUUCCAGAGGUGGUGCAGAGGAGCACACUGCCUGCCCGAUGCCAACCGCUGGACUCUGGGAACAAAGCUGGACAGGAUGACAAUGGGCAGACACACAAUACAUGGGCCCUGAACAGCAACAUACCACUAGAGACCAGGCACUUCCUGUUCAAGCACGGUUCAGGUUCCUCUGCCAUUUUCAACGCAGCCAAUCAGAAUUACCCCCUGACGUCCAGCACGGUGUACUCGCCGCCGCCAAGACCCCUACCCAGAACCACCCUUUCCAGACCACUCUUCUCCUUCAGUAAACCCUACCGCUGCUGUAACUGGAAAUGCACAGCUUUGAGCGCCAGUGCAAUUACGCUGACUCUUGCUCUUCUGCUGACGUACAUCAUCGUUGUUCAUCUGCUGGGUUUACCAUGGCAUCUGAAGCGUGUGGAAGGAGAGCUAUAUGAGAAUGGUAUGAGUAAAGAAGAUCAGCCUCUACCGGGAGCUGAUUUCACCUUCACUCCUGUCCACCUGCCAGGACUCAACACCACACAGCCGGAUAAAGAGGUGAUUCAGCGUGGCAGGGUGAUAGAGAGGGGAGAGGUGGCCGUCGGGACACAGCUGGUUCAAGCCAUUCCUCCCGGUCUCUUCUGGAGGUUUCACAUUACGGUUCAUCACCCAGAGUACGUCAAGUUCAACAUCUCACUCACGCGGGAUGCUCUGCUGGGCAUCUAUGGCAGGAGAAAUAUCCCACCUACUCACACACAGUUUGACUUUGUGAAGUUGCUGGAUGGGCGACAGCUGAUAAAGCAGGAUUCCCGGAAUGUCAAAUCUCCGAUCGCUCCUCCGCGGAGUCUCCUGAUGUCUGCCCUACAGGAGACGGGAUUCGUUGAAUAUCUUGAUGUUGGCACCUGGUACCUGGCCUUUUAUAAUGAUGGCCGCAAGAUGGAACAGGUGGUUGUGUACAGCACGCCCAUAGAAACAAUAGAUGGAUGCUCCACUAACUGUAACGGCAACGGAGAGUGUGUCGCCGGACACUGUCACUGUUUUACUGGGUUUUUAGGACCAGAUUGUUCAAAAGACUCAUGCCCGGUGUUGUGUAGUGGAAACGGCGAUUAUGAGAAAGGAGUGUGUGUGUGUCACACUGGAUGGAAGGGGGCAGAGUGUGAGGUGGAGGAAGGCCAGUGUAUUGAUCCCACCUGUUCUAACAAUGGAGAAUGUGUCAACGGAGCCUGUGUGUGUGCUCCUGCAUUCAAGGGCGAUAACUGUGAGCAAGUGGACUGCGUGGACCCGUUGUGCUCAAGUCGCGGCGUGUGCGUUCGUGGAGAGUGUGUGUGUUCUGCAGGCUGGGGAGGGGAGAGCUGUGAAACGGCACUUCCAGCCUGCAAAGAGCAAUGUUCAGGUCAUGGGACGUACCAAACCCAGACGGGAGGGUGUGUGUGUGAGCAGGGCUGGAGUGGCGAAGACUGCGCCAUCGAGGUUUGCCCCGUUCCUUGCAGUGCACAUAGUGUGUGUGUUGCUGGGCGUUGUCAGUGCGAGGAGGGGUGGGAAGGAACCACUUGUGACAAACAGGCCUGCCAUCCAAUCUGUGAAGAGCAUGGAGAGUGCAGGGAUGGGCAGUGUGUCUGUCAGCCUGGUUGGGAGGGCGAGCACUGCACUAUUGCCGCACAUUACCUGGAUCUGUUUGAUAAAGAUGCCUGCCCAGGGUUGUGUAACGGUAAUGGACGCUGCACGCUGGAGCAGAGCGGUUGGCAUUGUGUGUGCCAGUCUGGAUGGAGCGGGCCGGGCUGUAACGUUGUCAUGGAAACCGAGUGCAAUGACAGUAAAGAUAAUGACAGCGAUGGUCUCAUGGACUGUGUCGACCCAGACUGUUGUAGUCAGCAGGUGUGUGCGAGCGCCCCACUGUGCCAAGGCUCUCCUGACCCUCGUGACAUCAUUCAGCAGAGCCACACCUCUUAUGAAACUCGCCCUUCGCGUCAGUUUUUCGAGCGUGUGCGAUUCCUCAUCGGACGGGACAGCACACACAUACUACCAGGAGACCUGCCAUUUGACAGCAGUCGAGUGUGUGUAAUUCGAGGUCAGGUUUUGGCCUCUGAUGGAACUCCUCUCGUUGGCGUGAACGUCACGUUUCAGCAUAACCCUGAGUAUGGGUACACACUCAGCCGGCAAGAUGGCAGCUUUGAUCUUCUGGCAGUGGGUGGAAUCUCAGUGUCUCUUGUAUUCCAGCGAGCCCCAUUUUUGUCCCAGAUUCGGUCGGUCUGGCUUCCUUGGAACCAGUUCAUGGUCUUGGACCGAGUUUUUAUGGAAAGAGCUGAAUCCAAAACACCUGUCUGUGACCUGAAAAACCUUAUCAGCCCUCAUGCCGUUGUUCUGUCUGCUCCCCUUCCACGCUUUGCUGCUGACUGUGAAGAGAGAGGAACAGUCCUACCUGAGCUACAGGCGGUUCAGGAGGAGGUGGUGAUUCCUGCUACAGUAUUGAAGUUAAGCUACCUCUCCUCCAGAGCUCCAGGCUAUCGCUCUCUCUUGAGGGUGGUUCUGACCCACUCCACCCUCCCGCUGGGCUUGGCCAAAGUCCACCUGUCUGUGGCUGUCCAGGGUCGGCAGCUUCUCAAAUCAUUUCCUGCAGCUCCAAACCUCAUAUACGUUUUCUCCUGGAAUAAAACGGACAUCUAUGGACAGCAGGUCACGGGGCUGGUGCAGGCACACGUCUCUGUUGGAUACGAGUAUGAAUCCUGUCUGGACGUUGUGCUCUGGGAGAAGAGAGUUGCUCAGCUGCAGGGCUUUGAGCUGAUGCCAUCAAACCUGGGCGGAUGGACUCUAAACCACCACCAUGUCCUCAAUCUGGAGAGUGGUAUCCUUCAUAAAGGUAAUGGAGAGAAUGUCUUUAUUUCCCAGCAGCCCCUGGUCAUCUCCACAGUGAUGGGGACUGGGGUGGUUCGCACAAUCCCCUGUCCAAACUGCAACGGCCCGGCGGUGGAGCAGAAACUGUUUGCCCCCAUCGCUCUGGCCUGCGGUUCAGAUGGAAGUGUGUAUGUAGGUGAUUUUAACUACAUUCGCAGGAUUCUCCCUAAUGGAUUCGCCAUCAGCAUCUUGGAGCUCAGAAAUCGUGACAUUAGACACAGCUCCAGUCCAGCUCAUAAGUACUACUUGUCUAUGGAUCCCGUGCAUGAGUCGCUAUACCUGUCGGACACCAGCAGCGGGAAGCUGUACCGCCUGAAGACUCUGACUGAACCCAAAGAUCUCAGCAGGAAUGUGGAGGUGGUGGCUGGCAGCGGGGAGCAGUGCACACCCUUCCACCCCAACCAGUGUGGUGAUGGAGGCAAGGCCACUGAAGCAGCACUCAGCAACCCCAGGGGUAUUGCAGUGGACAAGCACGGAUUUAUUUACUUUGUUGAUGGAUCAACAAUCCGUAAGAUUGAUGACAAGGGAGUGAUAACAACCAUCAUUGGAUCAAACGGACUCGCGUCUUCUCAGCCGAUCAGCUGCGACUCUCGAAUGGACAUCAGCCAGGUGCGUUUAGAGUGGCCCACAGACCUGGCUGUGAGUCCGCUGGAUAACUCUCUCUACGUCCUCGAUAAUAACCUUGUGCUCCAGGUCAGCGAGUCUCAGCAAGUGCGAGUUGUUGCGGGACGACCCAUCCAUUGCCCCAUGGCCAGUAUUGAACCGGUGCUACUGGGGAAAACAGCAGUGCGGUCAGUGCUGGAGGGAGCCAAAGCUAUUGCCGUCAGCCACCAGGGCACACUGUACAUCGCAGAAACCGAUGACCGAAAACACAGCCGUGUGCAAGAAGUAUCCACAAAUGGAGAGAUGAUCAUAAUCGCGGGGGCGACCAGUGAAUGUGAUUGCAAGAUUGACCCCAACUGCGAGUGUUUUUCAGGUGACGGAGGUUAUGCUCGCGAUGCCAAGCUGAAGUCUCCCUCAUCUCUGGCGGUUUCUCCUAAUGGCUCCCUCUGCAUCGCUGACCUGGGGAAUGUGCGCAUUCGCCGGCUCACCGCUAACCAUCCGCAGUUCAAUCCCGAGGGGCUGUACGAGCUCGCCUCCGUGGCCGAUCAAGAGCUCUAUCUGUUCAGUCCAAACGGUACUCACCUGUUCACCCGCAGCCUGGUGACAGGAGACUACCUGCUUAACUUCACAUACACCCCAGAGGGCCACCUGAGCAGCAUAGCAAACAGGGAAGGCACCAUAGCGCAGUUGCGGCGGGAUGCUAAUGGCGUGCCCCUGUGGCUCGUAGCCCCGGGCGGCCAGGUGUACUGGCUGACCAUCAGCAACGCCGGCAUGCUGAAGCGCAUCUCAGCUCUGGCGCACGACCUGGCGCAGCUCAGUUAUUACGGCAACACGGGGCUGCUCGCCACCAUCAGCAACGAGAACGGCUGGACAAGCGUCUACGAGUAUAACUCUGACGGACACCUCAUCAAUGUGACCUUGCCGACUGGAGAGGUCAGCAGUUUCCGGAACAUGGAGAAAGCUGUCAGAGUGGAAGCCACUGCCUCGAACAGAGAAAACUUUAUUAUAAUUACAAACCACACUGCGGAUAACACCAUGUACACACUUCGACAAGCUCACUCUGUCAGUGUAUACGGCGUUCGAGAUGAUGGCUCUCUCUGGGUGACAUAUGCUAGCGGGAUGGAUGUUUCUCUCAUGCACAGCACCGAACCAGCCGUGGCAUCAGGGCUGUUGGCGGGGGCAUCGGCAGGUGUCCAUCCCACAGUGGGAAGGUGCAACAUUACCCUGCCAGGGGAACCAGCUCACAGCCUGAUAGAGUGGAGACAGAGACGUGAACAGGCCAAAGGGAAUUACACAGCAUAUGAGCGGAGAUUGAGGGCUCACAACAGGAACGUGUUGUCCAUAGACUAUAGUCAAGAGAGCCGGGUGGGGAAGAUCUACGAUGACCAUCGCAAGUUUACCCUGCGGGUUCAGUAUGACAAGGGCAGGCCUGUGCUCUGGACACCCAGUAAAUACAAUCAAGUGCGAGUGUCGUACUCUAGUGAAGGCCUGGUCACUGGCAUACAGAGGGGAAACUGGACCGAGCGCAGAGACUAUGACAAUGGACGCAUCAUCACACGAACCUGGGCUAAUGGAAAGAUCUGGAGCUACACUUUUCUAGAAAAGUCUGUCCAGCUGUUGUUACACAGUCAGCGGCGCUAUAAUAACUCGAAAUACGAUCAGACAGACUGUCUCCUAUCAGUGACUCCCAGUAUGGUGAGACACAGCUUACAGACCGCUCUAUCUGUGGGCUACUACCGAAACACCUACACACCUCCCGACUCACCCACGUCAGCUCACGCAGACUACGCUCAUGACGGGCGCCUGCUGCAGAGCCUAUAUCUGGGCACGGGCAGACGGGUCAUCUACAAAUACAGCCGCGUGCCCCGGCUGGCUGAGAUCCUCUAUGACUCAACACUUGUUACCUUCACUUACGACGAGGCGACAGGAAGCGUUAAAACCAUCCACCUGAUGCACGAAGGAUGUUGCACCAUACGCUACAGACAGACAGGUCCUCUGGUGAGUAGACAAAUAUACCGUUUCAGCGAAGAAGGAUUGGUUAACGCUCGCUUUGACUACAGCUACAACAACUUCAGGGUCACCAGCAUGCAAGCCAUGAUCAACGAAACACCUCUUCCCAUUGACCUCUACCGAUAUGUGGACGUGUCCGGACGUAUCGAGCAAUUUGGGAAGUUCAGCGUCAUCAACUACGACUUGAACCAGGUCAUCACCACACAUGCCAUGAAGCACACUAAAAUCUUCAAUCCCAAUGGGCAAGUGAUCGAGGUUCAGUAUGAGAUUCUGAAGUCUAUCGCGUACUGGAUGACGCUGCAGUAUGACAGCAUGGGGCGCGUCACAAACUGCGAUAUUCGUAUUGGUGUGGAUAGCAACAUCACACGGUACGCAUAUGAGUAUGACGCUGAUGGCCAAUUGCAGACGGUUGCCAUUAAUGACCGUCCACAGUGGCGUUACAGCUAUGACCUGAAUGGAAACAUUAAUUUACUGAGUCACGGCAACAGUGCGCGAUUGACACCAUUGCGUUACGAUCUUCGAGAUCGAAUCACUCGGCUUGGAGAGAUCCAGUAUCGCACUGAUGAGGAUGGGUUCUUGCGUCUUCGUGGCAACUUACUCUUUGAUUACGGUUCGAAUGGACUGCUUAUGGGUGCCUAUGAUCGGGACAGUGAACAGAGAGUGUGGUACCGUUACGAUGGGCUCGGGAGGAGAGUGGCCAGUCGUUCUAGUGACGGAGCACAGCUGCAGUUCUUCUAUGCUGAUCUAAUGGAACCAACGAGGGUGACGCACCUUUACAACCACAGCGCAGAGAUCACCUCACUCUAUUAUGACCUUCAGGGACAUCUCAUCGCGAUGGAAAUGAGCAGUGGCGAGGAAUUCUACAUAGCAUGUGACAAUGCUGGAACUCCACUUGCGGUUUUCAGUAGCCGUGGCCAUGUGGUGAAGGAAGUUCGGUACACACCGUAUGGAGAUGUUUACAGAGACUCCAAUCCUACCUUUUCUCUGAUCUUCGGAUUUCAGGGCGGCCUCUAUGACCCUUUCACGCGGCUGGUGCAUCUCGGGCGGCGUGACUAUGAUGUCGUAGCUGGCAGAUGGACGACGCCUAAUCAUGAAUUGUGGGCGGAGUUGAGUGUCAAUCCCAAGCCAUUUAAUCUAUAUGCGUUUAAGAACAACUACCCUCUGGGACACCUACAGGAUAUAACCAAGUUUACAACAGAUAUCAGUAGCUGGCUGCAGCUCUUUGGGUUCCAGCUUCAUAAUGUGGUUCCAGGUUUCCCCAAACCAAAAGUGGAGAACACCGAGCAAACAUAUGAGAUGAUGGCCACACAGAUCCGCACACAAACCUGGGACACCAGCAAGAUUGUGCUCGGCAUCCAGUGUGACCUUCAGAAGAACUUGAAAAACUUCAUUUCAUUGGAUCGCCUCCCCAUGACACCAGCCAAUGGGAAAAUCGGAGGCCGACAAGGCCGCAGGCCAAUUUUCUCUGCUCUAUCUUCAAUUUUUGGCAAAGGUGUGAAAUUCGCUAUUCGUGAUGGAGUGGUGGCGACAGAGAUCAUCGGUGUGGCGAGCGAGGAUAGCCGCCGUGUGGCAGCAGUACUGAACGGUGCCAUAUACCUGCGUGGCCUUCAUUUCACAGUAGAAGGCCGUGACACUCACUAUUUCACCAAGGCUGGCCCUCUGGAGGCAGAUCUGGGAGUGGCAGGAGGCGGAGCUGGAGGCGGAGUUAGAGUAUUGGAGAAUGGCGUAAACGUCUCAGUGUCCCAAAUCAGCGCUAUGGUUGGAGAAAUGCGGCGUUUUGCUGACAUUGUGCUUCAGCAGGGAGCGCUUAGCUUUAACAUACGAUACGGAGCAUCACCGGAGGAAGAGCGCACGCGUGUGCUGGAUGCAGCGCGAAUACGAGCUGUGCAGGGGGCGUGGCUGCGGGAGCAGAAGAGGGUCCUUGAGGGGGAUGGUGGAAGUUUGGCAUGGACUGAUAAGGAAAAGGAUGAGCUCAUCGCAGAGGGCCGAGUCUCAGGGUAUGAUGGCUUUUACGCUCUGCCUGUUGAACAACACCCUGAGCUAGCAGACAGCCCCUUCAACAUUCACCUGAUCAGACAUGUGGAAACUGGUCGCAGGUAACAGCGGCACAUCAGCACACCUCCACACGCCCACACACCCCUUUAUACACCCGGAGCUACAACAUAUCUCUUCAGCUUUUUCUAGAACCCCAACCAAACAAAGCGAGAAAGACUCUAUUGCCUUUAAAAUGUGACAAAUGAUGGUAUUGUUUUUCAUUUUGCAUUUGUUGAUGCACUCUUAGCAAGUUCAGAUUCCUGUUUUUUUUUAGAUUUAGUUUGGUCGAUUUCGUUGGAAGUCUUUCUUGUUUUACAGUGGCUUAACCGUUCUUACUACAGAACAAGCCUUGCUUGCCAAUCUGAGGACACAGAGAACACUGAUCUGUGACAGUUCUAG